AUGUCAGCAGCAAAGUUUAUCCAAAGUAAUUAUAAGUCAAUUAUCAAAGACCCAUUAGAAGGUAUUUAUGUUGAAUAUGCCUCAGAAGAUAAUAUAUUUGAAUGGAAUAUUUGGAUGGAAGGACCAACACAAACACCAUAUGAAGGAGGUGUAUUUAAUUUAAGAAUGUUCUUCCCUGAUGAUUUUCCUUCUAACCCACCAAAAUUAGUGUUUAAAAGUGAGUUUUGGCAUCCAAAUGUAUAUCCAGAUGGUAAAGUUUGUAUUAGUAUUCUUCACCCACCAGGAGAAGAUGAAAUGUCUGGUGAAUUAGCUUCAGAGCGAUGGUUACCAACACAAAGUGUUAGUAGUAUUUUGUUAAGUGUUCAGUCAAUGUUGUGUGAUCCAAAUAUGUAUUCUCCAGCAAACACAGAUGCUAUGGUUCAAUGCAGAGAUCAUAAUAAAGAAUAUUUAAAACGAUGUAAAGAAGUAAGUUUAAAAGGACGUGCUUCACUUCCAUCAUUCAUUAAAAUACCACACCCUGACACAGACCGUAUUGAACAUCAAAAACAAAUAGAGAAAGCAAGGGGGUAUGAUUUAAAAUGUUCAAUGGAUAUUGAUAUGUUUGAUGAUGUUGGAGAUGGUGAAGAAAUUAUCUAUGAUGAUGACGAUGAAAUAAAUUAAGUCUAUUUCACCAUUGCUCUUUUUAUUCCUUUUAGUAAUUCAUUUUUUAAAGUUAA